AUGUCCUUCCCGCACUUUGGACACCCUUACGGCGGUGCUUCCCAGUUUCUGGUGUCUGCAAGUUCCAGCGCCACUUGCUGCGAAUCCGCCCCGCGCUCGGUCCCAGAUGUGGGCUCGGGCUCCACCCCGGCGGCCGCGCUCUGCUGCGCACCCUACGACAGUCGGCUGCUGGGCAGCGCGAGGCCCGAGCUGGGCGCGGCCUUGGGCAUCUAUGGAGCUCCCUACUCGGCCGCUGCAGCUGCCCAGAGCUACCCAGGCUACCUGCCCUACAGCCCCGAGCCGCCGGCGCUGUACGGGGCGCUGAAUCCACAGUACGAAUUUAAGGAGGCUGCCGGAAACUUUACAUCCAGCCUGGCACAACCAGGAGCCUAUUACCCCUAUGAGCCAACACUGGGGCAAUACCAGUAUGAUCGGUAUGGAACAGUGGAGUUGAGUGGUGCUGGGCGCAGAAAGAACGCCACCCGAGAGACCACUAGCACGCUCAAGGCCUGGCUCAACGAGCACCGCAAGAACCCCUACCCCACCAAGGGCGAGAAGAUCAUGCUGGCCAUCAUCACCAAGAUGACCCUCACCCAGGUGUCCACCUGGUUCGCCAACGCGCGCCGGCGCCUCAAGAAGGAGAACAAGAUGACCUGGGCACCCAAGAACAAAGGCGGGGAAGAAAGGAAGGAAGAGGGUGGAGCAGAGGAAUUGCUGGGCUGCCUAAAUGGUGACACCAAAGACGUUACUGCUGGCCAGGAGGCCCGGGGGCUCCGGCUGAGUGACCUGGAAGACCUGGAGGAAGGAGAGGAAGAGGAGGCGGAUGAAGAGGAGGCAGUGGCCACAGCUACGGACAGACUGGCUGAGCUCCAUAAAGACACUCAGUCGCUGCCGGCGGCGCAAUGUACGGCCGCUCGAGAGGGCCGGCCGGAGCGCAGGGAGUGCAGUCUGGCGGCACCCCGCUUCUCGUUCACUGAGCCCCCCAGAUCCGGAGAAGCCGACUUCCUCCGGGCCGAGCCAGGAGGCCCCACGUUGACCAUGCACUACCCCUGCAGCGAGAAACCAUCGCGCAUUUGGUCUCUGGCGCACACAGCGGCCGCCAGCGUCGUCGUCGAAGGGGCACCUCCAAACCUGCCCCAGCCACGAAGUCCUGAGCACCAUCUGAUUCGCGGACAGCCUCCAGGCCCGGGCGUGCGACCCGCGGUCCCCAGAGACUCCGCGUGCCAAGAGUCUCCCCGAGUAGCCAAAGCCUUUGGAAACCCCACGUUUGCCCUACAGGGUCUGCCGCUGAACUGUGCGCCGUGCCCGCGGCGGAGAGAGCCGGCGAUUCGGUGCCAGUACCCAUCCGGAGCAGAAGGUAGUGGGCCCCCAACGGCGCUGGGAGUGUCUGACCAAAAGACCCCUCCCCUUCCCACCUUCCCUCACCCCACUCCCCUCGCCCUCACUGUCCGGCGGCUUAGGGUCUGGGAAAUUAAACUGCGAAAAGAUAAACAUUAUUUCCAGUCGGCUUUGCGGGAUUAA